AUGCUUUUGGAUGACGAUUUCAACACGAUGCCACCAGAAAAGCGUCCUAAGCGCGGCUUAAGCGAUGCUGAUGAUGAAGACGAAGAUUAUAGGAGACGAAGGGACAGAAAUAAUGAGGCAGUUAAGAAAAGUCGCUUUAAGUCAAAGCAAAGAACGCAGGAGACAUUUACCAGGGUCAAUAAGUUAAAAGCGGAAAAUCAAAUGUUGGAGGAGAAAGUGAAGACUCUCACAAAAGAUCUACAGUUUCUUAAAGAGCUCUUCCUUGAGUAUGCUUCAAAUUCUCAAAACUCAAAAUUUGCAGGACUUGAUUUAGAAAAGCUCUUAGAAGAUGUACAAGAUGAUAAGAAAGACAGUAAAAGUAAA